AUAGAUAUGGGUUUUAUUUUUAAUUUAUAAAUAGCGGCUGAAAAUAGUUUUAUUAUUAUAAAUUAUCAACAAUACCCAGAAACACCACCGAUAACCGUCGUCACUCGUGACUCGUCAGUCGUACGUUAAUUAUUAUUUUUCUACAGCAGAUAUAACAGUAAAUGUGUUUUUUUGAUUGUGGACGAAUGUUCACAUUUCUCGUGACUCUUGUUUUCUACUUGCAAUAGUACGACAAUACAGCAGUAGAUACAUGAUACAUGCAUCACGUAUCCAGCUGAUUAGUAUCCUGUCAUCGUUUUUAGAUCGUUUUAAGACUUAAAGUGUAUCAUGGCAACUAGAAAGAUUAAAGUUAGUUGGGUUAUUGUGGUAUUUGUGGAUUCGAAGGAUUACAGUGUAGUACCAACAAAGUGGCUAGUUCAAAAUGACACAAAUAAUCUAGAAAAUAGUAAUGUAAGGUUAUGUAAAUGGCCACUUGGUCGAGUAACCAGUACUGACAUUCAUGACGCCCUAGAUCCAGAUCCAACUUGGUUUGAGUAUGGUAUUAAAAUAGUUGGUGGCAAUAAAACAUAUGAUAAUUUUAAAAAAGCUUGGCAUGUAAGAGUUGAAAAAGAAUCGGAAAAUGAGGAGGUUCAUUUGAUGACCAAAUGUAAACGUGCAUCAACGAUAUUUGAUGUAUCAAGCAGUAGCAGUGAUGAAGAUCAUUCUGGGUACUGUAUAAUACCUGAAUCUACUUCUGCAUUUAAGUUGCCCAAUAAUGAAGAGCCUGUACACUAUACAGAACUACAACCAGUGAAUAGUCCACCCUUACUGAAACCAUGCACAAUGCAACCAAAUGAAACAUUCCCAUCAUUAUUAUCACAUCAAAUGAGUAAGCAAUCAUCUUCAGUGGGUCAACUACCAUGCGUUCAAUCAAGUUCAGUUUACCAACCACCUCAAGAUGAACUUCAACUACUUACUAUAUGUUAUACCAAAAAAUGUUUAGUCCAUAAUUAUCUAUAUUUCUUUCUUAUAUCUAUAUUUUAUAUUGAUUUAAUAUCAUAA